AUGAACGAAAAAUUUCAAUCCAUGAUUUCAAUCAUUAAACCAAUUAACUCUGACGACAAUCCUAUGGAUCAAAAUCAAGCGAUUAACAAUGCGCAGAAAUUAAUUCAACUUCCAUUCCCACCCAUGAUCAAUCCUUGUGAUUUAAUCGUUUUGCGUCCAGAUGGACAUGUUCCUAGAACUCCCAACGCCUUUAUAAUUUAUCGAAAAUUAUUCGUUAAGACCGCAUCUGUUUACAAACAUAAUUUACCAAUGAGCAUUAUUUCUUCUAUAGCAUCUAAAUCAUGGGAACAAGAACCGGAUGAUGUUAAAGAAGAAUAUAGGAGAAUUGCAAAGGAGGCUUUUAAUUAUCGUAAUAAAUUAUUUCCCGGACUUAAGAAUGUAAGCAAGAGAAAUCGAUGGAGAACUAUUUUAUUUAAUAAGCCUUAUACUCGCAAGAUUAGGAUGCCUAAAUCUAGGAAGUCCGUUAAUAAACCAAAACAUCACAAAUCACCAAUUAUAUCUCCCAUUUCGAAACUCAAUAGUUUAAACGAAGUUAGUUCGCCAAACCUUAAUUUGUCUGUAAAUUGGACUAAUCAAGACAUACCAAUACUUUCAAAUCCCAAUUUAUCAAUGAUUUCUA